AUGUCGUAUUUUGUCAGCCCCGAAUUCGCACGGGUGGUCGUGCUGGGCUCCAUCACGAGUCUCCAGAUGACAUGGCGCCGCCUCGUCAACGAGCUCGUCCCGACACCCUAUCUCGACGAGGUAUUCCACAUCCCCCAGGUCCAGGCAUACUGGCAGGGGAAAUGGUCGCAGUGGGAUCCCAAAAUCACCACGCCGCCGGGCCUCUACGUCUUCUCGUUCCUGGUCAACUCGACCCGGGACUUUUUCUACCACAACUUCGACCCGUCGAUAAGCGAGUGGCGGGCCAUCAAUGUCUUUCUGCUGUACCUGUUGAUCUUCGCCCUGUACAUCCUGGCCGCCGUGGGGAGGAAGACGGUCAACCACCACAGCGUGCUCCAGCGCGAGUUCAGCAUCAUCGUGUUUCCUCUGUUAUUCUUCUUUUCAGCCUUGUACUACACCGACUUGUUCAGCGUCUUCACCGUCGUCGUCGCGCACAUAUUCUGGUCCGCAUCCACAUCUGCCACCACAGGCCGACGGAAGGCGCUGUACCAAUUCCUACAUCUCGUCACGGGCCUCGUGUCGCUGUCGAGCAGACAGACCAACAUCUUUUGGGUGGCGGUGUACCUCGGUGGUCUGCAGGUGGUGGAGAGUGUCAAGAGCAACAUUGGAAUCAGCAAGGUCCAUGAUCCUCCCAUUUCUGAAGCAUUUUUUGAAGACUUCCCAAUCACAAGCAUCUCGAUAGCGCAAUCCGCCAUCACCAUGAUCCCCCACCUCCUUCUUGACCUGUGGCCGCACCUCGCUCUCCUCGCCAGCUUCGCGGGCUUUGUCGUCUGGAACGGCGGCGUCGUCCUUGGCGACAAGGACAACCACAUCGCCACCGUCCACCUCCCGCAGAUGCUGUACAUCUGGCCGUUCAUCGUCUUCUUCUCGUGGCCCGUCCUUCUUCCGCAACUGUGCCACCUGGCGGAAUUCCGCCGCCCCCACCAGCUGCCCCGACUGAGCGUGGCGCUCGCCUUCGUCGCCUUCAUGCUCGCCGUCGUCCACUUCAACACCAUCGUCCACCCCUUCACCCUCGCCGACAACCGCCACUACACCUUCUACGUCUUCCGCAUCCUCCUCCGACCCCGUCAUUCGUGGAUCAAAUACGCCGUCGUGCCGAUCUACCUGUUUUGUGCGUUCCUCGUGCUAGGCGCACUAGGCGGACCGACGUCGUCUUCGUCGUCCUCCUCAUUGUCGUCGUCUUCGCCGGCGACACGCAUCUUGUACACGCACCAAGACACAGUGUGCGUGAGCUUCACGCUCGUCUGGCUCCUCGCGACGUCCUUGUCGCUUGUGACCGCCCCGCUCGUCGAACCGAGAUACUUCCUCAUCCCGUGGCUGAUGUGGAGACUAGCCGUGCCAGAGUACAUGCCUAGUCCCAGUAUCAGUAAUAGUGGUCCCGACGACGACGCGUUGAAUGUGAACGCGGCGCCGGAGCUGGCGCAGGAUCAAGAGAAGGAGAAGAGGAAGAAGAAGGAGACCACCGAGACCGGCGCAAUCGCCACGGCCAAAAAGCACGACGCCGUCUUGAGCACCGGUACUGCCGCUGCCGCUGCAGCUUCAACGCGCCACCCACAACCAUCACUGUUUCAAAGACUGUUGAGAACGGCAGCCUCUUAUUCCAUCUGGUUGGAAUUCCUCUGGUACAUGCUGAUCAAUCUAGCCACGUGCUACACGUUUCUACACCGGGGGUUCGAGUGGCCGCAGGAGCCUGGAAAUGUACAGAGAUUCAUGUGGUAG